AUGGCUCAGAGCUCUGAUGACACUCUGGUAAUUCGUGAUAUCACAGACAAUAUCACAACUUUGAGUGUGCCAUUUACAAUACCUGGGGGACUCAAAGCAGGCGGCCGUACCACUAUUGUGAAACUUUUAUCUGGCUCACUCGCUGUAUUCUCACCAAUACGUCUGACAGAGAAAGUGAAGCAAAAAAUUCGAUCUUUGGGUCGCGUCCUAUUCAUCACAGUCCUCAAUCUCGAGCACCACCUCUUUCUGUCAGACUGGGCCAAUGAGUACACCGAUGCUAUCAUCAUAGGAAUGGAAGGCCUUUCAGAGAAACGAUCAGAGAGGAAAGAUAUAGAGACCAUUAAGUUCACCCAUGUCAUAUCUACCACAAAUGAGACCAAGGGUGUCCAUGCGGCUUUCGAUGCAGAGUUCGAAUACGAGUUCAUGGCUGCUAGCCGGAAUAAAGACGUUGUCUUUCAUCACAAGCCAAGUGCGACCCUCAUACAAGCCGACAUUUUAUUCAAUUUACCGGCUCUUGAGCAAUAUUCAUUGGUGUCGAAGACGGACUCGGGAAUCCUCACAAGAAUCUUCAACAAGGUCCUCACUACCAAGGGUAGCCUUCUAGGACAGAAGAUCAUCCUAUGGUAUUCCGUUGCCCAGAACAAGGAGGAUUUUGCAAAGUCCACUACGAUUAUUGGCGAAUGGGCAUUUGAUAGGAUGAUUCCCUGUCAUGGAGAUGUCAUUGAAACAGGAGCGAGGUCGAUUUUUCGCAGUGCAACAGAUUGGUUCACAGUGAAAGAAGGGUCACCACACCAUGAAUUGACGUCACAUUGCCUUGCCCAUCCCUUCGAGUACCGCAAUCAACACAAGUGA